UUUAAUAUAAGCCUUUUUGACGCUAAAAACGCUACGCUUUAAACUAAAAAUGGACACGCGAGAUUAUUUGCAGUAUUAUAUAGGUAAUAAAGACGAUGAAAGUAGAAAACAUGGCAAGGGAGAAAAUCACUGGUCCGGAGUUAAAUCUUUAGAAUGGUAUGAGGGGCAUUUUGUUCGUGAUACUAUGCACGGUAUCGGGGAUUAUUCUUGUCGAUUCCGAGGACCCGAAAAAGCCAUCGAGAAUGCUGUGACAUAUGAAGGAUACUUUUAUUGUAACCAGUUUCACGGCUACGGAACCAUGUCGUAUCCUAACGGAAAAACUUUUACCGGUUUAUUUCUUAGUAACGUUCGAUGGGGUCCUGGUGUGGAAAAUCAAGCUGACAUGCAUGAUAACGUAGGUCUAUGGCGAGGAUCCCAGCUCGUGAGGCUGGCUUGGCGGCCAUCUGCACCUAAUAUUGUACCAGAUUUUAUGUCCAUCAGCAGUGGGCGAACUUUAGUUGAAUCGCACAGAAUUAUAUUGACUUCAAAAGUCGAAACUGUAGGCGAGGUAAAUAGCGCUAUCGAACUACUCAAACGAUGCGGUGCUGACCCCCGAGUAGCUGUUGAAAGAUGGAAGAAGGUGUAUCCCAAGAACUGCUCUGACAUCCGCAGCCCACUUUGCCAUAUUGACUUUUUAAAUCAUAACUAUUAUGAUGGAAAAAUUUGUACGCUUAAUGAAAAGGAUGAAAGUUCAGAUAAUAAAGAUUUGAGAGACGAUGAAACUGAAACUUAUUAUGUUUGGAGUAACAAUAGCAUGAUGAUUAAUAUGAUGAAACAUAGCUACAAACAUGAGAAACAAAGGAACCCAUUGAUAUUCGACCUCACGUCUGUUUUGUCUGGACCGAGAAUACAAUUUAAACCAGCUGGAUCACAAGAGCUACUAUGCAGAACAUUGCUCAUGGCUUGUUACUUAGGAUAUAUCGCUGAAGUGGCUAAGCUUAUAAAUGGGAAAAAAAUUAACCCCGAUGUUUGUGAUAUUCAAGGAAAUUCUGCAAUUAUGUACGCUGUUUGUGGAGAUCACCCUGAUAUUAUAAAUUUUCUCGUUGAGGCUGGAGCUAAUGUUGACUAUUAUAACGACAACUGCUGCUCUCCGCUCGCCGUGGCGUUGAUGCGAUAUACUUGUGCUCGAAAUGAUAUCGUUUCUAAUGGAAUGCUCUAUGCUAUGUUGCCACCAGCUGCAACACCUGCUCCACCGCCAGUCGAACAAAAGGUUUUUGAAUGGAAUAUAAUACGUGAUCCAUUAUCCACAAGUGCAGGUGGCACUUUGACCAAAAUUCCAAGCAAAAUAGCCAGAAAUAUGAGUUCAAAGAAAAUUAAAUCGUUACUAUCUAUAAAAGAUCAAUCGCCAAUCAAGAAAAAAACUGAUCCACAGCCUAAAAUAUUAGAUCCAGAAGAUGACCCGUUUUCAGAGGAAUUAAGAUUGUAUAAUGAUGUUAGUCGCGAAUACUGUAUUAAAGUUACUGAUUCAUUUAUACUACCAAAUGGUGCGAAUGCUAUUUCCUAUUUAUUCGACGUCAAUGAUAUGGUUAAAGAAAUUGAAGCUAAUGAAGAAGAUCAAAGGAAAGCUGAAAAGGUACCAAAAAAAGUAUCAUCUAAAGUAAUAAAGGAAACAAUGAAAACUAGCAAGGAAGCCAUGUGGGAUACAAAUGAAAAAGAAAAAGUGUCCAUAGAUAGUGCUGAGAAGCUAAAAAUAGAUAUGUUAUCGAAAAUAAUGUUUACUAUUCUUCAAUUACUGUCAGAUGGUGCUGAUCCUAAAUCUGUUCAAUUUCCUCAACCAGCUUUGUUUAUAGCAGUAACUUCCAAUUGUCCUGAUUUACUGCGUCGUUUAGUACAAUAUGGUGCUAAUAUCAAUGAAUCUUAUCCGCAAGUCUUUGAUUAUACUUGUUUAGACGUCGUUGUGUCUCGACCUAUUACCCAAACUAACUUUGAAAUGAUCAACGUGCUAUUAGAAAACGGUGCGGAUGUAAAUCACAGGCCUGUUUACACGCAAGAAACAAAAGAUCCGACAAAUUCACAUGUAACAUUGUAUGGUCCUACACUUCUUCAUGUUGUGAUAACAAAAAAGACUGAUAAUAAUAACGAAGAAGAUAUACGUCGCCAAUUACUGGAGCUUUUACUGGAACACAACUGCGAUCCGAUAGUUCAAUUUAAAGGAAGAUCGGCUAUAGAUUUAGCAAUGAAUAAAAAUUUGGAUCUCUUUAAUGCGUUUAUAAAACAUCCAAAAGUUAAUCUCAAUGCUAUAAUAAAUGAUGCUAAUCAAAGUAUAUUGGUAAAAUUGUUCAGUAUGUCUUACUUCAGAAGUAUGACAGGCGCAGAACGACUGCAAACGCUUACAAAUUUACUGCUUUUCGGAGCUGAUCCGUUGAUAGAAUGUCAAAAUGAUGAGAGUGUCUAUCAGAAUAUUUUCAUCUAUACAAAACAAAAUUUAAAUGAAGUGGAUAAUAACACUCAAAAACAAGACUCAAAGAGCAAAAAACCGGACAAGACGAAAAAAGACGAUAAGCUAUCAACUAAAUCGAUGGGAAAAAUGACUUCUGAUGAAGUAGAUGAUUAUAAGCAAGCAACAGGUCUAAUGACGGACUGCGCUAGGCUCAUCUAUAUAAGAUGGCUGCAAGCAAAACUAAUGAAAGAACUCAUCGUAGUUAUUAACAAAUAUAGACACCGGCAAUGGAACAUGAUAAUAAAAGAACUAAAUACCAACAUUUAUGGUUUGUGGCUCGCUCCUCAACGUUGUCUCGAAAUGUGGGACAUCCUAUCUAGUACGAAAAAGAAAAUAUAUAAUGACAAACGGGUAUUGAGACAUUUACUCUGCAUGCCAUUGAGUGAAAACAAGGUGUCCUGUAGCUGGUGUAAGCUCAUAUCAUUUUGCUCAAUUGAAUGCAUUAAAAUGAAUAUAAAUAGAAAAGAGUGUCAUCCAUGCAACGACUAUAUAAAACAAAAAUAUUUUUCAAAUUUUGAUGAAGACAAUACAAACACUGGUGCAUAA